CCUCGCCCCCUGUCUUCACAAGCACGCGAAUGACAGCCGUCGAUAUCCCAACAACAAAUCGUUCUUUCUGACAUUCAUAAAGUACAAUUCGACCGAGUAUACCCAAGUAUUGCCAAUAUAUAAACAGUGACGAUCUGAAACAUCUUUCACGAGUGCUGAUAAAAUAAAGAUUUGUUGUGUCAUGUGAAAGUGAUAAGCUGGGUUGCAGUUCUUCAGGCGGCUGUCCAGGCGGUGCGGGAGAAGCGUAUAAGGAUUAAGGAUAUGUUAAUAUGGUGCAUUUAAAGAGAUUUACAAAUAACAUAACAGGAUUACAUAUUAUUCUGUAUAUUAUAAAAAAGCAAUGACUGUGAUGCAGACAUGUUAGAUGGAGGAAGCGAUGGCAAUGAAUUUUAUAUUUAAAAUGUGCUAGUUGCCUAGAAUUCGAUGGAAACCGUAUGGAGUCGCGCCCGCAGAUGAGUCAAUCACUGCCAUCUAAAUAUCAUCGGCCCGAGGCAUCCUAUAGGAGUUGCUCGCAAUCUUUGCCGCUCGAUAUUCUAUGGUUGCCCCGAUCGUCGUUCCGGCCGGCAGAGGGCGAGCUGGCGGACUGCGUGCUGGUGGUAGGGGUGUCGCGGCCCAAACUUGCCGCGGCCCUCCUCUCAGUCACGCUGCUUUCGCUUUUCCUCACCUUCCAUGUAUUAUAUGACAGCGCGCUCUAUAGUAUACAGGCGGCGAGCUUGGCGUCAGCCGCGAACGAAAACCGUAAGAUUCUACAGAACCAAGAAAGCCAUAGCCGAACCAUUAAUCAUCCAAUGGCGCUAAGAAAAAGACUACGACCACCCCGACAGCCGCGGCCAGCUCGUAGACUCCCCCAGGCAUUAAUAAUCGGAGUUCGAAAGUGUGGCACGCGUGCUCUUUUGGAAAUGCUAUACCUCCAUCCAAUGGUCCAAAAAGCUUCAGGAGAGGUUCACUUCUUUGACCGCGAUGAGAACUAUGCAUUAGGUCUGGAAUGGUAUAGAAGCAAAAUGCCUUUAUCGUUUAAAGGGCAGAUUACAAUUGAAAAGAGUCCAAGUUACUUCGUUACACCCGAGGUUCCAGAGCGAGUGCGAGCGAUGAACUCCUCAGUUCGGUUGCUCCUUAUAGUCCGGGAGCCAGUCACUCGAGCCAUCUCUGAUUAUACACAGCUACGAAGUCGAGCGACACCAUCAGCACCAGCACAGCCAUUACUUCCUGGCCAUCCACUGCCUGAUGCUGCAAAGCCCUUUGAGCAUCUAGCAAUUUCGCCAGAUGGUUCAAUAAAUAUGGCAUACAGACCAAUAGCAAUAUCUUUAUACCAUGCUUACCUUCAUCGAUGGCUGGAAGUUUUUCCAAGAGAACAAAUCCUAGUGGUGAAUGGCGAUUUGUUGAUUGAAGACCCAGUACCGCAACUACGCCGUAUAGAGAAAUUUUUGGGAUUGGAGCACAAAAUAGGACGAAAGAAUUUCUACUUCAAUGAAACCAAAGGUUUCUAUUGCUUACGUAAUGAUACCACAGACAAAUGUCUACGAGAAACUAAAGGGCGGAAGCAUCCUAGAGUAGAUCCAACAGUCGUUACGAAAUUGAGAAAGUUCUUUAUCCAACACAACCAGAGAUUCUACGACCUAGUAGGUGAGGAUCUUGGAUGGCCAGAAGACUAGUCUUUUGACAAAUCUACAAAUGAUGGAAGCACCUUAACGUUGUGAUCGAAUACAUAUCAAUGUAACUUAAAUACAUAUCAAUGAAACAUUAUACUAGUCAGUAAGUUUUUUAAAAUCGUUUAUGUAUACAUCUAGCGUAAAGUAGAUUAUUAGUACACUUAAAUUAAUUUAUUUAUA